UUUAGUGUCUUUGAAGAGGUCAUUGACCCCUUUCCAGCCUGCUUCUUUAACCUGAAGCUUAAAAAUCCUUCAUUAAUUCCCCUAUUUCCUUCACUCAGUGCUUACAAAGGUGCUCAUGUGUUGUUGCCUCUCACCCUUUAGGAGUCCUGGACUGGUCCUGUGCUGGUUUCUGCUCUGGAUCUCUCUGGGACCAGACCUCCUGCACCUCCACCGGGUGUCAGCUGUCAACCUGCGGCGCUUCAUUGGCUGCGCCGUCCGGGAGUUCAGUUUCCAGGCUAAGAAGCCCGGCUGUGGGGGGCUGCACAUCACCACAGACGCCUGCUGGGGGCGCUGUGAGACCUGGGAGAAGCCCGUCCUGGAUCCUCCCUUCAUCGAGUCCUACCAGCGGGUUUGUACCUACAACGAGACCCGUCUGGUCUCUGUGAAACUGCCAAACUGCCAGCCCAACGUUGACCCCACCUACACCUACCCCGUGGCCCUGAGAUGUGACUGUGGGGUCUGUCUCACCAGCACCACUGAAUGUAUAACGUCUGUGUAACACCAGUCGAAGCAACACUUUGCCAAAUAAAAUUGCAAAAGCCAAAUACGUUUUUUCCUGCUGAGUAUGAACAUGAACUAUUUCAUCAUUUUUGGGAAGGGGUAGCUCGGAGACAGCUCUAGCUUGAGGUUGCUAUGACAACUGUCACAGAGGAGCGUGUUUCUGGGUCCUGUCCUGAUUGACGCGCCAAAACAACAGCAGGGCAUUGUGGGAUUUGUAGUAUUAGCUGUAAAUGUAUCUCUGCCCUGAAAACAUCUGACAACAUUGUAUUUAUGGGAAGCUUAUGAUACUGGCUCUAUCAUCAGAGAUCCUUAUUUUUAGUCUAACGAACAAAAAAUAACAUCUGAGAAUUGAUUUGUGUUUAUGUUGAAUGUUCAAUAUUUGGAAAUGAAAAUAUUAAUAUUGCAUAAGGGGCUUAUAUGUGUUUUCUCUUCAUU